AUGUCAGAUUCCAACACCACCUACUUCACCAACCCCUCCACCUUCAUCCUGCUGGGCAUCCCUGGACUGGAGGCAGCCCAUGUCUGGAUCUCCAUCCCCUUCUGCGCCAUGUAUAUCAUUGCUGUUUUGGGGAACCUGACCAUCCUGUUUGUUGUGAAGAUGGACAGAAGGCUCCAUGGGCCCAUGUGCUAUUUCCUCUGCAUGCUGGCUGUCAAUGAUGUGGUCCUGUGCACCUCCAUCCUCCCCAAAACCCUGAGCAUCCUCUGGUUCAAUGCCAGGGAGAUCGAUUUCCGUGCCUGCCUUACCCAAAUGUUCUUCCUUCACUGCUUUUCAGCCAUGGAGUCUGGGAUCUUAUUGGCCAUGGCGCUGGAUCGCUACGUGGCCAUCUGCCAUCCCCUGAGACAUUCCACCAUCCUGACCAACACUGUGGUGGCCAAGAUCGGUCUGGCCAUGGGUCUGCGCAGCAGCCUGCUCAUAGUGCCUACUCCCUGGAUGGUAAAGCAGCUGCCAUAUUGCCGAACCAACAUCAUCCCCCACACAUAUUGUGAGCACAUAGCCAUUGUGAAGCUUGCUUGUGCAGAUAUCCGCAUCAGUAAUUCCUACGGCCUUUUUGUGGUAUUCUUUGUGACGGGUCUGGAUGUGCUUUUUAUCACGGUGUCCUACAUCCAGAUCCUCAGGGCCAUCUUCAGCCUCCCCAUGAAGAAUGCCCGGGUCAAGACUUUGGGGACCUGCGGCUCCCACUUUUGUGCCAUCUUAGCCUUUUACAUCCCAUGUCUUUUCUCCUUACUCACACAACGAUUUGGCCACAAUGUGCCCUUGUAUUUCCACGUUCUCUUUGCUAACGUGUAUCUCCUGCUACCCCCCAUGCUGAACCCCAUCAUCUAUGGGGUGAGGACCAGACAGAUCCGGGACAGGCUGCUCCAUCUGUGGACUUACAAAAGGGCCUAA